AUGGCUCUCACUCAGGCCCCCCCGCUGGAUAUCUUCCCGGAUGGAUUGAAAACCACCGGUCAACAUCCUCCUCUCUACGAUCAGAUCCAUCCCUUUGAUCGAUUCCCCCACAAGAUAUCCGGUCCAACACUGUGGACGGCGGAAGACUAUCGGGAUCAUCCCGAGAAAUGGACUCAUGCCUUCACCUCCGAGGAGAUUGACGAGCUCAGCGCUGCUGCAGAUGCCUUUCUCCAGAGUAAGACUCCAUUAACAGGCAUUAGCAAGAGCAAAUUCCCCCUCCCCAAUCUCUCCUCCCGUCUGGAGGCCCUCCGUGCCGAUCUCGUCGACGGUAAAGGCUUCAUUCUCUUCAAGGGCUUUCCCGUCCAGAAAUGGGGAAACCACAAAUCCGCCGUGGCAUACAUGGGUCUAGGCACGUAUCUGGGCUACUUCGUCAGUCAGAACAGUCGGGGCCAUGUCCUGGGUCAUGUCAAGGAUCUAGGAGAGGAUUCCACCCAGAUUGAUUCCGUUCGUAUCUACCGGACGAAUGCACGUCAAUUCUUCCAUACCGACGACUCCGACAUCGUCGGUCUGCUGUGUAUUGCGCGGGCCCUCGAAGGAGGCGAAUCCGAUCUCGUCUCUUCUCAUCAUGUCUAUAAUACUCUGGCUCAGGAAAGACCAGACGUCUUGAAGACUCUCGCCGAGCCGAUCUGGUAUUUUGAUCGGAAGGGAGAGACCAGCAAGGGUCAGGAGGAGUAUAUUCGUACUAGUGUGAUCUAUCUCGAGCGGGGGGAGAAUGCCCGUGUAUACACAAAAUGGGACCCGUACUAUGUUCGUUCCCUUACGCGCUUCUCCGAUGCAGGGAUCAUUCCACCUCUGUCGUCGGCUCAGGUGGAAGCUCUCGAGGUCCUAGAGGCGACCUGUAAUCGUCUCGCGUUACAUAUGGUCCUCGAAGUCGGCGAUAUUCAAUUCGUCUCGAACUCGCAUGUCCUCCAUGCGAGGACCGCAUACACGGACCAUGCGCCCCCAGCGCCACGUAGACACCUGAUGCGUUUGUGGUUGGCCACACCUGAGAAUGAAGGCGGCUGGAAAUUACCUUUCUGGGAUAGCAAUGAGAAGAAGAGAGGUGGGAUCCAGGUAGAUGAUCAGCCUCCGGUGGCGCCUUUGGAUGCGGAAUGA